UGUGUAUGUACGUAAGGGGUAUUGUUAAAUUCACAAAUAAUAUAAUUGCAAUUCGCAAUAGCACUGCCUGAUUAUUAGCACACCGAUACAAAUACAAUGGCCGACGAAAGCAUAACGCGAAUGAACCUCUCGGCCAUUAAGAAAAUCGACCCGUACGCCAAGGAGAUCGUGGACUCGUCCGCGCACGUCGCCUUCUACACGUUCAACUCGGCUCAGAAUGAGUGGGAAAAGACGGACGUCGAGGGAGCAUUCUUUAUAUACCACCGCAAUGCGGAGCCCUUCCACAGCAUCUUCAUUAACAACCGACUGAACACCACGUCUUUCGUAGAGCCGAUUACCGGCAGCAUGGAGCUGCAGUCGCAGCCACCGUUCCUACUGUAUCGCAACGAGCGUUCCCGUAUCCGGGGCUUCUGGUUCUACAACAGCGAGGAGUGCGACCGCAUCAGUGGCUUGGUGAACGGGCUGCUGAAGUCCAAGGACCAGGGAAGCAAUGGACAGGCCCAACGGCACGCGCCGGCACCCCAGCAGAGCAAGCAAGAAAACAAUGCUAGUAUAUUUAACAUGCUAAGCAAGGCGCAGAAGGACUAUAACGCCCAGGUGAGCGGUCAGCCAAAGACCCCAUCGGCGGAAAAUGUGACGGCCGGCAAUGUCCUUAAGUUCUUUGAGUCGGCCAAGCAGGCCACUGCGGAGUCAUUGUUUCACCGCGUCCAGCCGCUGUCUGUAGACCAGCUAGAAAAGCAGCAGCGGGCAGGCACUCCAGGGGAGGAUCUUUUGCCACCCGCAAGUAGGGAUAACCACGAGAACCGGCUGUCGCCCUUCCAAAAGGCCCAGCAACUGAACACUCAGCUUCUAAGCGAGCUAAAAAUCGGAAAGAUCUAUGCUUCGGCCAAAUCUCCAACCAGUGCCCCUUCUUCAUCGGCUUUGAUGGCCAAUGAUGAUGCCGGCAAGUGCUUGCGUAGAUUGCUGGCUGGGGACAAACCUGGCCCGGCGCUCAUGCCGCCCACAAUGUUCGAUGUACCCAACAACGGCAACCCGGAGACCCUGCAGCCCCUUAACUCGGCGCAGUUUGUCCAGGCCUUCACGUACCUUAUCCAGAACGAUAAGGAGUUCGCUAACAAGCUGCACAAAGCCUAUCUCAACGGCUGUUCCAAUCUGCUACUGGACUCUAGCCCAACAUAUCAAUAAACAGAAAUAUUCAACAUUUCCGAAA